AUGCAGACCAUUCGAUCUGUCUUCUUCAAGCCAGAUCCCGCGGAGCAGAAGCGAAAAUGCGACGCCUUAAUACGCAAGAACGUCCGCGCACUAGAUCGCGAUAUCCAGAAUAUGAAAAUCACAGAAUCCAAAACUCGAAACUACAUUCUACAAGCCUCGAAACGAGCAGAACGUAAUCCAGCACAGGCGAAACAAGCGAGACAGGAGUGCAGAACUUUCGCCAAAGAGUUAGUCAACGUCCGACGGCAGGCUGGCAGGCUACAUACAAGCAAAGCUCAGCUGCAGAGCGUACAGAUGCAAGUUAACGAGGCAUUCUCGAUACGAAAGAUCGAGAACAGCAUGAAGGUCAGCUCGGGAAUUAUGAAAGAUGUCAAUACUUUGAUCAAGCUCCCUGAACUUUCCGGUACUAUGAACGAGCUAAGCCAGGAAUUGAUGAAGGCUGGCAUAAUCGAAGAAAUGGUAGGAGACAUGCUAGAAACUAACGAGCUGCUCGAGGAAGACGAAGAGGCCGAGGCUGAGGUUGACGCUGUGCUGAGCGAGGUCCUGAAGGGCAAACUUGGUCCGAUCGAUCAGCAGAUGCCGGCGAUACCUGCGCAGGAAGAGGAAGAGGCGGAGGUGGAGGAUCUGGAACAGAUGAGAGGCAGGCUAGAAGCUCUGAAGAGCUAG